UGUUUAGAAUUCUAUCUACUCAUCAAAAUGUCUGGACGUGGCAAAGGUGGUAAAGUUAAGAACAAGCCGAAGUCUCGUUCAUCACGGGCCGGGCUUCAAUUCCCGGUUGGACGGAUUCAUCGGCUGUUGCGGAAGGGCAAUUAUGCGGAACGGAUUGGUGCCGGUGCUCCCGUUUAUCUUGCUGCGGUGAUGGAAUAUCUCGCUGCUGAAGUGCUCGAGUUGGCCGGAAAUGCUGCUCGUGAUAACAAGAAAACGCGUAUCAUUCCACGUCAUUUGCAGUUGGCCAUCCGGAAUGAUGAAGAGCUGAAUAAACUUCUCGCUGGGGUAACGAUUGCUCAAGGAGGUGUACUUCCCAAUAUCCAAGCUGUAUUGUUGCCGAAGAAAACCGAAAAGAAAUCCGACUAA